GGAUGGCCCGAUGGACCGUGCUAUAAAUCACAGACAAGCAAUUAGCAUACCGCAACCUUCGGCAAAAUCACCACCUUCCAAAAGCUCUUGGACCGGUCUCGAUGCCAACUGCAAAGCGAUGGCAAGGUUAAUUUUCGAGGGUGAACCCAGUCCGAUUUCUACCGUUUAAAUGUGGACUUCUCCCAUCAACGGAUUAACACGCUCCUCUGAUUCCCUACUUACUUCAUCUAUUUCCCAAGGUGAUUCAAAUACCGACGGCCAUGAAGGUCGCUCUUGUCACCUUUCUUGCGCCGGCGCUAGCUGCCGCCGUCCCAGCGCCAUAUUCCCACCCCGAAGUCGUCGAUCGAUCUGCAUCUGCUGCUCCAAGUAGUAUAUCUAUCAAUGGCAUUACCUACGGCGGCACUGGAUGUCCACAAGGAACACUCAAUGCAUCUAUUCGGACGAUGGAAAGAUACUACCGCUAGUAUUCGGGGAUGACUUCUCAGCAUCGAUCGGACCAAAUGUUGCCAUUACUGAGAAUAGGAAGUUCUGCCAACUCAAUUUCGACAUUGACUUCUCGGCCGGCUUUCAAUACGCGGUUUAUAGUGCCGACUACCUAGGCUAUGCCAAUUUGGACUCUGGGGUUCAGGCCUCCAUCACAGCGCUUUAUUACUUCUCUGGCCAAACUGCCCAGGCGACUACCGAGGCCGAUAUCAAUGGACCAUUCACGGGAUAUUUCGACAAACAUGACGAUAUCGCCAUCGCAACAUGGUCUCCUUGUGGUAGCCAGGGGCUUCUGAACAUCAACUCACAGAUAGCACUGAAUUCCGAUAGUGACAGCCAGUCAGGUGUCAUCAGCACUGAAAAGAUCAAGUCCUCGUUCGUACACCAAUUAUACAUCAAAUGGCGGAGCUGCUAGGACGGCGAGGCAUUAGCUGGGGGAGUCGUUGGAAUGAACUGUUCGAAAUGUGGCUAUUGUUAGGAGACAAUUUUCUCUGUAUAGUUUACUUCGUGUUCAUAGUUGUAUACUUGAUGGUAUAUAUUCGUG